AUGGUAAGGAACGACAGCCUCAAGGACGAUUUGAUCGACAGUAACGUGCUGUUCGAGGGUAGCGACUGGGAUGAGUGGAAAGAAAGCCUCUUUCAGCUCUGUCGCGUACAUGAUAUCUUCGAAUUUCAAGUCGAAGAGAACAGACUCGAAGAAGCACUUGAAGAGGGAUGUACACGCGAGGAGUACAUGGAAUGGCAGGAACCUAUCUUGUCGAUUAUCAGGUGUCAUGUACAGCCGUCACUGAUGAGCCGCACGUCCAAAGAUUUCACACCGUCCGAGCUGCUGCCGGUUUUGAAAAUGCUCGCAACCCCGUUCCGGCUCUCAGAUAUGCCCGAGGAGCUCCAGGUCCGAGUCUUUCGCUAUGCCUUCCAACCGAGUCACUCCUACAUCGGACCAGCUCUGAGGCUGUUCGCCUACAAGUUCCCAGCGUUGCUACAAAGUUCGAGCCAGAUCCGACGAGCCGCCCUGCCGGUCUAUUAUGGGCAAACGACAUUUGCGUCACGUUGCAUGUCCAUCACCGAUGUGCAACAGCUGAAGCAGUGGGCCGCACUCGUCGCGGGAAGCUCGAUCAGAUACCUCACCCAGAUGACAGUCACAGUUCCUUGGCAGUACGGGCGCAAGGCCAGCGGCAAAUUGGGGUACCAAGCGGAAGCUAAGUACGUCUUCAAGUGGUCCCCGGCCGAUGGUCUGCGUAUGACCGAGACUCCGAAGAUCAAGAAGGAUGUCGCAAAAGUUCUUGCAGAUCAGGUCAAAGCCACGGAUAACUAUGCGAAAGCCGUCGACCUCGGAGGCGAAGCCAUCAUCCUGGCAAUCACUACAGCCCUCGACACGUGGACGCCGAUUCAUUUCCGACCAGAGCAGAAGACAUCGACUGAGGGCGCCACUCCCGCGCAGUAG